AUGGCGCGAUUUCUCAAGAGGAAAAUGGAUACAUCUUCCGAACUAAUCGAUUUGGAUACUCUUCCUUCGGAUCCGUAUGAUCGCAAGCCGAUAGAAUCAUAUAAUGUGAAUCAAAAGGAUGCGAUUAGAAGGGCAUAUAUACUAAGAGGACCGUAUCAACCAAGAGGUAUCGAAUUCCCACAAACAAAGUUUCAAGGUGACGAGUUAAGAAAAUUUAAGGAAGAAUGGUAUGACAAACAUGAGUAUAAGGGAUGGUUAGAGUAUAGCUCAAAAUCGGAUCGCAUGUUUUGCUUAUGUUGCUAUUUGUUUAGGAGCCACUUCGGAGAUGGUAGAGACACAUUUGUGUGCGGUGGGUAUAACAAUUGGAAAAAGGUACAUGCGUCACUUAAAAAACAUGUUGGUUUAGUUAAUAGUCUACACAACAAAUGUUUCCAAAUGAGUGCCGAUUUAGUUAACGAAAAUCAAGCGGUACACACACAAUGGGACAAUAGGACCCCUAAGGAGAAACGUGAAUACCGACUUAGACUUAGUGCUUCUACUUUGCUUGGGAAAAGGUUGUUGAAUGGCGGAUUGGCGUUUCGUGGACAUGAUGAAUCAAAAGAUUCAUUAAAUAAAGUGAAUUUCUUAGAGCUUUUAGAACUCAUGGGUGAAAUGAAUGAAGAGCUUGCUAACGUUAUCUUAGAGAAUGCGCCCGCGAAUAACCAAAUGACAAGUCCUAAAAUUCAAGCGGACAUCAAACAUUGUUAUGCUCAAGAGGUAAUUAAACAAAUUUUAGAAGAACUUGGUGAUGAUGUUUUUUCUUUAUUAGUAGAUGAAUCAUGUGAUGUAUCAAAAAAAGAACAAAUGGCGGUUGUUAUUCGUUUUGUUGAUAAAGUUGGGAUUGUUAAGGAGCGUUUUAUUGGGCUUGUUCAUGUCAAAGAGACAAGCGCAAUAACACUCAAAACGGCUAUUGAUGAUAUAUUGGCACGUUAUGGGUUAAGUUUGAAAAGGAUUAGAGGCCAAGGCUAUGAUGGGGCAAGUAACAUGUCGGGCGAGUUUAACGGCCUAAGGGCUCUAAUCUUAAAGGAAAAUGUUUCGGCCUUUUAUAUUCAUUGCUUUGCACACCAACUUCAACUAGUUGUUGUGGCGGUGGCGCACAAACAUACACCAAUUUGGAGAGUUUUUGAAACGAUAACAUGUUUAACAAAUGCCGUUUGUGCAUCUUCUAAACGACAAGAUAUGCUUCGUGAAAGCCAUAGAAGACAAUUGGAAAAAAAUGGAAGACGUACUUUGUACCGGAAGUGGGUUGAACCAAGAAAUGACACUUUCAAGGCCCGGGGAUACACGUUGGAAUUCCCAUUACAAGACACUUUCCCGUUUAAUUUCUUUAUAUCCAAACAUUAUGGAAGUUCUUGGAUGGUUAGUAGAAACGGGUCAAACUCUUCCUUGUAG